UAAACUUCUUUAUAGUAAACUUAAACAGAACUGCGUGUAUUUAUAGAUGUUCGAUUUUUAAUUAGAAAACUAAGUGUUAACAUGAACGUUCAUUUUGUUAUUAUUUUUUUACUAUUUAUUGCUGUUGAUUUUAGCAGUAGUCUUAAAAUCCUAGGUGUGUUUCCUUAUUGUGCACACAGUCAUUUCAGUUUAGGAUUUCGACUUAUGAAAGAAUUAGCCGAUCGAGGACAUAACGUUACUUUUGUGAGUUGUUACCCUCAAAGCAAGCCAAUAAAAAAUUUUCGGGAAAUUUCUGUGUCCGAAAUUAGGGGACCCAUAGAUGAGACGAAACCAUCUUUGGUUGAUUUUGGAAAAUUUUCAGUAUGGAGUCAGAUGAAUUGGGUAUCUGCAUUGGGUGAAUUAUAUACUAGAGGAGUUCUGAGUAGCAAGGGUGUACAAGAGCUUUGGAAAUCGAAUGAAGAGUUUGAUGUUGUCGUAAUAGAGCACUUCGUAAAUGACGCACUAACUUAUUUUCAUAAAAGAUUCAACUGUCCGUUAGUAACUUUAGUUGCUGGACCUACGACUAUGUUUACCAAUCAUAUGGCAGGAAUCCCUAUUUUACCAGCGUUUGUUCCAAAUAUAUUGAGUGAUUACGAUUCAAAGAUGAAUUUUUGGGAGAGAUUGGACAAUACCUAUAAACAAGUUCUUGGAGAAAUAUUUGUACGUUCGGUACACGUACCAUCGCAGAAUAAUAUCUUGAGAGAAUUUUUCCCGGAUGCGCCAGACCUAAGAACUUUCCUGUAUAACUCUAGUAUAUUCUUGAUAUGCUCGCACACGAGCCUCUCCGAUGUAGUACCAUUACAACAGAACAUUAAAGAAAUCGGUGGUUACCACGUACCACCACCUAAGCCUCUAUCAGAAGAAUACAAGAUUUUCAUGGAAAAUGCUACACAAGGAGUUAUAUUAUUUUCUAUGGGAUCAAAUUUGAAAAGUGCUAAUUUCGAGCCCGAGAAGAGAAGAGCGAUAUUAAAAACGUUUUCGAGAAUUAAACAAAAAGUGAUAUGGAAAUUUGAAUCUGAACUUCCAGAAAAACCUGACAAUGUGCUUAUCAGUAGCUGGUUACCACAAUCGGAUAUUUUAGCUCAUCCAAAUACAAUAGGAUUCAUUUCUCAUGGGGGUUUACUUGGUACAACCGAAGCAAUUUAUCACGGGGUACCUAUAUUGGGUUUACCGACAUUUUGGGAUCAGAAAAAAAAUAUUGAGGAAGCAUCACGCAAAGGAUACGGACUCAAACUGGAUUUUGAGAAUUUGAAUGAAGAAGUGUUUGCCGCAGCUCUUGACGAGUUGAUUAAUAAUCCGAAAUAUUCAACUACUGCAAAGGAAAGAUCUAGAAUAAUGCAUGACGUGCCAAUGAAGCAAAUAGACGAAGCAGUCUUCUGGAUAGAGUACGUGGUUAGACAUAAUGGAGCCGCACAUUUAAAACCGGCCGCAGUCACACUCAAAUGGUACGAGAUGUAUUUAUUGGAUGUAUUACUAUUUCUUCUAACAAUUGCUGCAAUUAUUUUUUAUGUUACCAAAACUGUUGUAAAGUUAUUGAUCUGUAGAAAGAAGACAUUUGUAGACAAAAAUAAAAUAAUAGCUUCCUUUACAUCAGCGGAGUACAUGUUUAUAGAUGUUCGAUUUUUAGUUAGAAAACUACGUGUUAACAUGAACGUUCAUUUGGUUAUUUUUUCUCUAUUUAUUGCGGUUGAUUUUGGCGGAAGUCUCAAAAUUUUAGGUGUAUUUCCUUUUUGUGCACACAGUCAUUUUAGUUUAGGACUUCGACUUAUGCAGGAAUUAGCAAAUCGAGGGCAUAACGUUACUUUUGUGAAUUGUUAUCCUCAAAACAAGGCAAUGGAAAAUUUUCGGGAUAUUUCGGUUGAAGAAAUUAGAGGACCCGUCGAUGAAACGAGAAAAGCUUUAGUUGAUGUUGGAAAAAUGUCAACAUGGGGUGAACUGAAUUGGAUAUCUUCAGUGGGUGAAUUAUACACCAGAGGAGUUCUGAGUAGCAAGGGGAUUCAAGAACUAUGGAAAUCCAAUGAAGAGUUUGAUGUUGUCAUAUUGGAACAUUUCGUAAAUGACGCAUUGGCUUAUUUUCAUAAAAGGUUCAAUUGUCCCUUAGUCACUUUAGCUCCUGGACCUAUGACUAUGUUUACAAAUCAUAUAGCAGGAAAUCCUAUACUACCAGCGUUUGUUCCUAAUAUAUUGGGUGAUUACGAUUCAAAGAUGAAUUUCUGGGAGAGAUUGGAUAAUAUCUAUAAACAAGUUCUUGGAGAAAUAUUUGUACGUUCGGUCCACAUACCAUCACAGAACAAUAUCUUGAAAGAGUUUUUUCCUGAUGCACCAGACCUAAGAACUUUCCUGUAUAACUCCAGUAUUUUCUUGAUAUGCUCGCAUAUAAGCCUCUCUGGUGUAGUACCAUUACAACAAAAUAUCAAAGAAAUCGGUGGUUACCACGUACCACCACCUAAGCCUCUACCAAGAGAAUACAAGAUAUUCAUGGAAAAUGCUACACAAGGAGUUAUAUUAUUUUCUAUGGGAUCAAAUUUGAAAAGUGCUAAUUUCGAGCCCGAGAAGAGAAGAGCGAUAUUAAAAACGUUUUCGAGAAUUAAACAAAAAGUGAUAUGGAAAUUUGAAUCAGAUCUUCCAGAAAAACCUGACAAUGUGCUUAUCAGUAGCUGGUUACCACAAUCAGAUAUCUUAGCUCACCCAAAUACAAUAGGAUUUAUUUCUCAUGGGGGUUUACUUGGUACAAUCGAAGCAAUUUAUCACGGGGUACCUAUAUUGGGUUUGCCGACAUUUUGGGAUCAGAGAAAAAAUAUUGAGGAAGCAUCACGUAAAGGAUAUGGACUCAAGCUGGAUUUUGAGGAUUUGAACGAAGAAUCUUUUGCCGCAACUCUUGACGAGUUAAUUAACAAUCCAAAAUACUCAACAACUGCUAAGGAAAGAUCUAGAAUAAUGCAUGAUUUGCCAAUGAAGCAAAUAGACGAAGCAGUCUUCUGGAUAGAGUACGUAGUUAGACAUAAUGGAGCCGCACAUUUAAAACCGGCCGCAGUUACACUCAAAUGGUUCGAGUUGUAUUUAUUAGACGUGUUACUAUUUCUUGUAACAAUUGCUGCAAUUAUCCUUUAUGUCAUCCAAACUGUUGUGAAAUUAUUGUUCUGCAAAAAAAAGAUAUUAGAAGAAAAAAACAAAAGAGAUUAAAAUUAAAGAGAUUAGAAUUAAAGUUUAAGAACUCA